CAGGUCCGCGUCGGUGCGGGCGGCGCCUCCUCUGCAGGUAAAUGGAAGAACUGGAGAGCAGCUUAUUUCAGACACGGAAAGCUCACCGAAUAGAACAAAUGGUGGCGCGAUGGCUUCGGCGUUCCCGGGACAGCUCAGCCAGGGCUAAGGUUGCUGUAGCUGAUGGGCCUCCCGGGAUCCCAGCCCAGACCCUUGCCCCUGUGAAACACACAGUAAAAAUAGACAAAGAUGCCCUCCUGCAGGACUAUGGAUUUCACAUCUCUGAGAGCCUUCCACUCACAGUGCUGGCCGUCACUGCAGGAGGCCCUGCUCAUGGCAAGCUUUUCCCUGGAGAUCAGAUCUUGCAGAUGAAUGAUGAACCUACUGAAGACCUUUCCUACGAAAGAGCCAUUGAUAUCCUGAGGGAAGCAGAAGAUUCUCUGUCAAUCACAGUGGUUCGCUACACGUCGGGAACCCCCAAGUCUUCCUUCUUAACAGAGGAGAAGAGAGCCAGACUGAAGACCAACCCCGUGAAGGUCCACUUUGCUGAAGAAGUGCUCAUCAGUGGGCACAGCCAGGGUAAUUCUCUGCUGUGCAUGCCCAAUGUGCUCAAGCUGUACCUGGAGAAUGGGCAGACCAAAGCUUUUAAGUUUGAGGCGAACACCACAGUGAAGGACAUCAUCCUCACCGUGAAGGAGAAGCUUUCCAUCCGCAGUACUGACUACUUCGCGCUGGCACUGGAGGAGCAAUACAACAUCUCCCGCCUGCACCUGCUGCACGAGGAAGAGCUCAUCCAGCAGGUGGUAGAAAGGGAAGAGUCACAUGACUACCGCUGCCUCUUCAGGGUGUGUUUUGUUCCCAAGGACCCCCUAGACCUUCUAAAGGAAGACCCUGUGGCCUUUGAAUACCUCUACCUGCAGAGCUGCAGCGAUGUGCUGCAGGAGCGCUUUGCUGUGGAAAUGAAAUGCAGCUCUGCACUCCGCCUGGCAGCCUUGCACAUCCAAGAGCGGAUCUACGCGUGCGCUCAGCCCCAGAAGAUCUCUUUGAAGUACAUAGAGAAAGACUGGGGAAUAGAGAAUUUUAUAUCUCCAACUUUACUUCGAAACAUGAAAGGCAAAGACAUCAAAAAAGCAAUCAGCUUCCACAUGAAAAGGAACCAGAAUUUGUUGGAACCCCGACAGAAGCAACUGAUUUCUGCUGCCCAGCUACGUUUAAAUUAUCUACAGAUCCUUGGGGAACUCAAGACGUAUGGUGGUAAAAUCUUCAAUGCUACUUUAAUGUUACAGGAUAGAGAAUCUUACAUCGCCCUUCUAGUUGGAGCCAAGUAUGGUAUUAGCCAAAUUAUCAAUAGCAAGCUCAACAUCAUAUCUACACUGGCAGAGUUUGCGAGCAUCAGCCGUGUGGAGCUGACGGAGGAGUCGGAGAAAGUGAGCAUGGUCAAAAUAUAUCUCCAGGAUGUCAAGGUUCUGUCUUUGCUGAUGGAAUGCAACAGUGCAAAGGACCUAGCCUGUCUGAUUGCUGGGUACUACAGGUUGUUUGUUGACCCAGUUGCCUCCAUUUUCCUCUGGCCUGGAAACAAACAACAGAUGCACCGAGUAUCUGCUGAAGAAGGCUAUGAGUCCAGGGCAUGCAGUGACUCUGAGGAGUCCUUGGAAGUGGACUGUAUGCUGGAGGCUCUCUCUGACCAGUGCCUGCUGAAACCAGGUCCAUGCAGAACACUGUCACCUGCUAGGGAUAGAGCCAUGUCUGAGGAGGCCAGGAGAGGCCUGAGCUCCGGAGCAGCCAGCAACACCACUGACAGUGCCGAGUCUGAGGCGUCUGACUCUGCCAACACUGAGAGCCGUGGUUGUAGGAACAGUGGCUCAAGUGAAUCCAUGGAUGCCCUGGAGGAAGACGACCUGGACGCCUGCUCCUCCAGCCGCUCCGGCUUUUUCCAUUUCAACUCUGUGGGUUUUCCUGACAGUGCAGAUCCUCAUGGCCCUAAGGAGCAAAGCCAACUGAAGACCAAUGGCUUCCUUUGCCUCCUGGAUCUCACCCAGGGUACCUCGUAUCCCAAGCGAGAACUUAUCGAGGGUUCUACUCCUGAGACAUUCAGUUGGGGUGCAGAGCUCAGUGUGGUCAGGCUAGACCCCCGGCUGUAUGAGGGCAGCCGGAGUGAUUACUAUAGCCUGUGCUCCAGUGUGUCCCCGGCGAGUCAACUGAGUGACAGCUCAGACAACAACACAGUUUCCCAUCAAGGCUCCGGUCCCCCCACCUGGGCCCAAUCCAGGUCCACACUGGAAGCCCUGGCCCCACACCUGCCACUGGCCUUUGAGGAUGGCAGCUCAGAUGAGGAAUAUUAUGAUGCUGCUGACAAGCUCACCCCCCCAGACACCCUCUCAGGACCCAGCACUGUUUCUUUCACAGAGCCCAACACUACUGGCUUGCUGAGGAAGACUUGCCCUGAAGAGAGCCUGAACCCCAGGCCAGAGGGAAGGGAGCCAAAUAGAAGGGGCACGGGGAAGAAGUAUGCCAAGAGCUUGCGGAAAAGAAGAUCUUUUCUACAGACAGAUUAUACCUGCCAGGUUUCGUUUCCCCUGGAGCCAUCCAUCUCCCUGGAUACUGUAGAUGAUAUCUCCUACUAUGAGCGGGAGCCUUACCUGGCCCUGGGCACGCCCUCACUCACUGUGUCCUCUCUGCAGGACAUGCACGGGGAGCCUGGUCUCCUGGAGACCAAGGCACUGGGCCUACUGGCUCCCCUGAGGGAUUCCAAGAGCAAAACCCCUGCCUCUGGGAUCAUGGAGAUGGAGCCUGAGACGAUGGAGACCAAGUCCGUUGUGGACUCACGAGUGUCCUCGAUUUCAGCCAUUCGCCUCCGAAUUGACCCCAGCCAGAAAGAGAAUGUGGAGGCAGCCCCUCUGUCUGUCCAUCUGUCCAGUUCCCUGACAAACACCCCUCCGACUUCUCACACAGGUUCCCCAUGCCCUACACAAGCCUUCCCUCUGUGUCAGAAUUCAGACAGCUGUGUCCCCAAGGAACUAACCACAGAGCUUGGGGACAGCACAUCUUCUCUCUCCAGUGCUGACCCAGACUCAGACAGAGUUUGUUCUGCCAUCAGUCCAGGGCCAGAUCAUGCCUCUGCAAGGGACACAUUCCAGCCAGGAAGGCACCUACAGGAAACGGGAUUGGGCUUUUUGUCUACAGAUCACGUGCAAGAAACUGUGACACAAUACACAGAGGCUCCUCAAGUCAGUUCUGGGAGGGGUGAGCAUGAAGAAAAUUCAGGAGAGAAGUUGGCUUCUUGUCCUACAAAUGAGAAGCAGAGACAAGUGCUUGGGGGAAGUGACAGAGAAACUACAACCAACUGUGGUGCCCGUGUAGAUGAGGAUGGAUCUGGGGAGGACUCAAGUGGCCCCUUGGCUGAUGUGUCAGAUGUGGCACUGCAGGCGCUUGGUGUGAGUGCCCCAGCAGGUGAAAUGACAAGCAUCCUCUCCUUGGACAGUCCUGUAACAGGAACUGAGCAGACCACACCUCAUUCCCCUGGGGACCCUCAUAGACCAAACAGAGAAAUCCCAGGCCAAAGCUGCCAUGCCCCAGAGCAAAAACUUUUGGCACAGUUAGAUGUUGAUUCACUGUUCACAGUCGGGAGCCAGACCAUUGCCUCAGAAUUCUCUGUUGAGGGGGUUCAGACAGAGUCAUUGACCAUUAUGCAAGAGGAAGGCGCUCCCUCUGGGGACCUUCCCCUGCAGGUCUGUCCUAGUCCAAAACCCUCUUUGCCAAAACCACUUCCAUGUCCCCAACAGCAGCCUUCCUCUGAAGACCUGCAGCCAUGUUUGAGGCCAGAAAGCAAAGACAAACCCCCUGGCAUUUGCCUGCCUGCUGAGAAGUCUUUCCCUUGCUUUGCUGCUGAAAGCCACCCAGAGAUCUCUGCGAGUCUCCACAUGGCCACCUCUCUGGGGUUUGCGGGCAUGAAUGAGUCAAUGGCCCCCAGGGCCAGACUAGAACAGUGCAGCUGUCAGCUGCCCUAUGCCUCAUGUUUCCAUGGCCUGCAGCUCGACUCAGAGGAGGAAGAUAGGGACCCAGAAACACACCCCGAAGUCCCCCUUACUUCACCACCCUCUGCAGGCCGCCACCUAGCCUGGGCCCAAAGCUGCAAUCCUGAGUCCCUGUCCAGGAAGAGCAACAUCUGGCCAGAGUACUGCUCCAGAACUCUGAAAAAGCUGAAAGCGACUCCUACCAGCACCUGCGAGGGCUUCGCCCACCUCACAGAGAGUUUGCUGGAGCUAAGGCACAUUUUAGAAGCUUCCUGGGGGAAUGGCCAUAAACAUCCUCCUGAGAAGUGCACUUGGUACUUUUCCGAAAGCCGGAGCCGCCUGUGCAUGGGCUCCCAGAAGCUCCUGUCCAGCUGCCAACAUGUCAUCCGGAUGGACCAGUCACCUGAGGAGAUGCAGGGCGCGCUGCGUGACACCUUCCAGCACCUGGUCCAGCUGGCCGGCCUGUGUUUCCAGCUCACAGACUGCAGCCGCUGCUUGGCCCGGCACCAGGAAGCAGCGGGUCACCUGAGGGAUGUGGUACACACUUACCACCAGUUUGUGGAGGCCACUAAACUGACCUGCGAGAGAGGUUACCAUGAUUUAAGCGUGAAACUCCUGGCCCGCCAGUGUACGGCCCUCACGGCCGCUGUGUUCUGUUUGAACCAGAAGUUUCGGGCAUCUCCUGCCAUGUGAACAAACACUCUACUUGCCCUAGACAAGACUUCCCUGACCAGCCCCUUCCACCUCCUCCUUCUAUCCCUCAAAUGUUUACUAUUUAGAGUAUUCAAAUAAAACUGCUACUUAAUCUUGGCCUUAGCUCCA